GGAGGGGACGCAGAGACGGAGCCGCCAUCUUGGAGAGUCUCCCGGUGAGCGUCGUCCCCGCGCCCGACGGACCCGUCUGAAAACGCUGCUUGCCCCGCACCGGAACACCGGAACACCGGAACCCCGUCGGUGUCGCCUUUUCUCGCGUCGCGGAGGCCCAGGGCGGGAUGGUGCUCGAGACCCGCCGUCUGCUGCUGUCAGUCGGAGUGUGAAGCAGGUGUACCUGCCAGCCGUCUGCCUGCCUGUCCGUCUGUCCACCCUGGAAUGGGCCACGCAUCCCAGAGACUAGAACACGUCUGUUUUUAACCUGAGCUCCACGGUCUGGACUCCAACAUAUUCACAGAAUCAACAUGUUUUGGAAAUUUGACCUCCACACCACGUCCCACAUCGACACACUCCUGGAGAAGGAGGAUGUGACGCUGAUGGAGAUCAUGGACGAGGACGAUGUCCUGCAGGAGUGUAAGGCUCACAACCACAAGCUGGUGGACUUCCUGCUGAGACCACAGUGCAUGGAGGACCUGGUUACCUUCAUCACGCAGGAGCCCAGUGCUGAUGUCGAGGAGAAGGUCAAAUACAAGUAUCCCAACAUUUCUUGUGAGCUGCUCACAUCAGAUGUGAGUCAGAUCAAUGACAGGCUGGGAGAAGACGAGAAGCUGCUGAUGAAACUGUACGGUUUCCUGAAGAAUGAGUCACCUUUGAACCCACUACUGGCCAGUUUCUUCUCCAAAGUGCUAUCCAUCCUGAUAGGACGAAAGCCUGAGCAGAUUGUCAACUUUCUGAGGAAGCGGGAUGACUUUGUGGAUCUGAUGAUCAAACACAUCGGGACAUCAGCAAUCAUGGACCUGCUCCUCAGGAUGCUCACCUGCAUCGAACCUCAGCAGCUACGACAGGACGUUCUCAACUGGUUGAACGAGGAGAAGGUCAUCCAGAGGCUGGUGGACAUGGUGCAGUUUUCUCAAGAUGAAGACAGACACUCCAAUGCCUCCCAGUCCCUAUGUGAGAUCAUCAGACUCAGCAGAGACCAGAUCUUUCAGGUCCAGGGCUGCUCAGAACCAGACCCACUUCUGGCCACGCUUGAAAAGCAGGAGACAGUGGAGCAGCUGCUCUCCAACAUCUUUGAGAAGGAGAAGAGUGAAUCCGCCAUCGUCAGCGUGAUCCAGAUCCUGCUCACCUUGUUCGAGACCAGGAGGCCGGCGUUUGAGGGUCACAUGGAGUGCCCCCCAGGAAUGUCCCACCCCUCAUUCUCUGUCAACCACAGCAUCCUGGAGGCCGUGAGGCCGCGACUCAAAGACUUUCACCAGCUGCUACUGGAACCUCCAAAGAAAAACGUGAUGAAGACGACGUGGGGAGUCCUGGACCCACCGGUGGGCAACACCAGGCUCAACGUGGUCCGACUGGUGGCCAGUUUGCUGCAGUGCAACACUCACAGCAUCAACACAGAACUCAUAAACCUCAACACGCUGGGAGUCAUUCUGGAUAUGUAUUUCAAGUACGUCUGGAACAACUUCCUCCACAUUCAGGUGGAAAUCUGCACAGCCAUGAUUCUGGCUAUGCCUGCCGCUCUCCCGGAGAUCCAGCCAGAGUCGGAUCAAGGAGCCGCCAGGGAGAGCAUCCUCAUCACACAUCUGUUCCAGAAGUGCCAGCUCAUUCAGAGAAUCGUAGACGCCUGGAGCUCCAAUGAGAAGGAACAGGCGGAGGGCGGUCGGCGACGAGGCUACAUGGGUCACCUGACCAGAAUAGCCAACUCUAUAGUUCACAACAGUGACAAAGGUCCGAAUGGGCCGCAGAUACAGCAGCUCAUCUCUGAACUCUCCACAGAGGACAAAGAGAAGUGGGAGGCUUUUGUUUCUGUACAGCUGUCUGACACCAACAAAAGAAACACAGUGGACCUGGUGAACACGCAUCACAUCCACUCCUCCAGUGAUGAUGAGGUGGACUUUAAAGACAGUGGCUUUCACCAGGACUCCUCCCUUCAACAAGCCUUCUCUGAUUAUCAGAUGCAACAAAUGACGUCCAAUUUUAUUGAGCAGUUCGGCUUCAAUGACGAAGAGUUUGCUGAUCAGGACGAUGUUGUGGAUAUUCCCUUUGAUAGAAUAUCAGACAUCAAUUUUUCACUGAAUACAAAUGACAGCGCUAAUAUAGCUUUGUUUGAGGCUCGCUGUAAGGAGAAAAUCCAGCAGUUUGAAGAUGCUGGUUCAGAUGAGGAGGACAUCUGGGACGAGAAAGACGUCACCUUCACUCCAGAUGCUCAGAGACGCCCCAGGAGUUCAGGCAGCACAGACAGUGAGGAGAGUACAGACUCCGAGGAGGAGGACACGAAGAGAGACCCGUUCGAAGCCCCCAACAGUAACACAGACGACAGGAUGGAAGUGGACACAGGGCCGGUGUGGACGGCCAGCUUCGAUGACAUCCCCAUGGACACGGGGUCAUCCACAGCACCGCCCUCCACCAACCCCCCAGCAUCACCGCCUUCCCCCCCCUCCUCCUCCACAAAAGUCGUCCCUGAUGCAGAGUGGAACUCGACUCCUCCUCCGUCCAGCCCUGAAUCCAACUGGGCGGACUUCUCCAGCUUCUCUCCUGUCAGUCCCAAAGACCCUCUGAGGUGCAACUCUCCUGUUGCUAUGGACACCGGCGCGGAGACGGUAGACCCUCUGGGGGUGAACGCACCAGCACAGCCUGAGGAGUGCGACGGCUGGUUGGACUCCAGCGUGGCUCCUCCCGCUUCCCCCAAGGCCUGUGAGAGGUCGAGCACGGAGGAGGAGCAGCGGAGCAUCACGGAGACGGUCAUCAACGGCUCCAUGAAAGAAACCGUCAGUCUCACCGUUGACGCCAAGACCGAGACCGCCGUUUUCAAGAGAGUGUUGAAAUCUUAUCGUGAUGAAGAAAGUUGCUCGGGCAGAAACCAGGUGGAGACCGGAGACCAAACCAGCACCACCUCCACUGCAGCCUGCAGCACCAAAACAGGUGACAAGUGCCGGCCCCCGGCAGAGCUGCCCAACGGGCCCCUGAAGGAGCCGUCGUCCCCAGACGAGCCCAAGGCGGACCGGAGUCCCGUGACCUCAGAACCAGCGCCCAACGGGCCGGUGUGAGGCGGAGCCCCGGCCACAUCCUCCAGCCCGUUCUGCCCCAGGGCUCGGCCCCCGGCGCCCCCAGAGAGGCCGGCGCUCAGCUGAACCAACCACACGCCCCACCAGGACCAGCAAUACUCCGUUGGCUCGUCAGCGACCCAGACAGACGUGAACCGAGACAGACUCACACUUCCAGAAUAAUCUCAGCUUUUGUUUCUGUUCUCCGAGCUGAUGAGACCCAUCUGACACUCAAAUCAAACAGUAAUGUUGCUAUAGUUAGAGAAAUGAUUGUAUGAAUAAAAUAUUUUAUAAAAACAAACAUGUACCGCUGGUUUACAGACAAGCAGGGAGGUGAGUGGUGACCGGUGCCCACACCGGACCCGGAGCUCAACACGGCACCGCUCAUCUCUCUGAGUCUGGGCUCGAGUUCCAGAGUCGUCUUUGACGGUCGACCGGUUUCUGCGGAGCAGCGGACGCCGGCCCCCGUUUCCCCCGUGUUUGUUUUGUAGCUGCACUCUUCCAGGUCGAGAGGUUUCCUCAGUCCUCGUCCUGCAGACGCUGCUUGUCCUCACCUGUCCAGGAGAAUAGCCGGUUGGCUCGAGCAGAGCGCCCCCUGGUGGACCCCUAUGGGACUCGCUCCUUUAAUUCAUUAGUUUCAAAGUUUUUAAAAUGAUUACGAAGCAUUUUACCAGCCAGUCGGGUCACAAAGUGGUUAAAUUAGUCAUCACAGCAGUUGACCAGCGUCCAAGUAUGUUGGGUUUAAUCUUCAACAGUUUGUGAACCAACACACCGCCUCAGGAACCCCCGCUGCGUGUUACCUGUCCCGCUGGCAGUGAACGCAUCGCUGCAGCCUUGGCUACAACACGGUGGUGAUUCACCGAAGGUCAUUGAACGCAUCGCUGCAGCAGUGGCCGUUUCUCCACGUGCGUACUUCUGAAACAUCUGCAGCCACGGCAACGCUCCACUUCUCAAGUCUUCAUCGCAUCAACGCUGGGCUCGCUCCUUGGAUCUGGGCUGGAUCCGUUAUUGAGGAAGCGUCCAGCGGACACCGAGAGGCAACCAUCUAACUUGCAGGAUCGGACCCUAGUGGUCGCUAGAGGAGCUGCAAGGGGACUUAGACGUCAGAUGUCGGCAUGUGCGGGAAACAAAGUUAUAACUUCAUUGUUCAACAUCAUUUAGUGAUAAGAUCUUUUCAUGCAAGUUUAUGGUUGUUAUAAUUUAAUAUUGUGGUAAAAUUAUAAAUAUAAAACCUAUUUUAAAAGUU